AUGGAGGAGCAGGUCGCGAAUGCCAUAGAAAUCGCCGGCAACCCAGCUUCGGACCAGGCGCUCAAGGCGCAGGCCUUCGACUACAUCAGCCAGCUUCGCUCAGACCCGUCAGGAUGGCAGCCGUGUCUCUCGAUCUUCACAAAGUUCCCCCGUCACUCGGAGAUAGUACGGCAUGUGGCCCUGGAGAUUGUCAACAGCGCCACGCAGUCUGGCCAGGUGGAUUUGCAAGGGCUCGGGUUCAUCAAGGAUAGCCUCAUGUCCUACUUGCAGGAGAUGUAUGGGGCCGGGGCCACGAGCGAGCCAGACCAGGCCAAUAUACAGAACAAGAUUGCCCAGACGAUUACCUAUCUCUUCUCUGCCCUCUAUGCCAACGGAUGGGACACCUUCUUCGAUGAUAUCCUGCGCCUGACCUAUAAAUCGCCUGAGAACCAAGUCCGGGACAAUGUCUUGGGCACCAUCUUCUUUCUCCGUGUUAUCAAUUCCAUACACGACGAGAUCGGUGACGUCCUGCUCUCGCGUUCACGGGCCGAGCAGGACAGAGCAAACACGCUGAAGGAUCUCAUUCGAGAGAGAGAUGUGCAGAAACUGGUCAACUCGUGGCAGGAGAUCCUUACGCAGUGGCAGGACCAAGACAAUGUCAUUACGGCCAUGGUGCUCAAGGCAAUCGGCAGCUGGGUCAGUUGGAUCAAUAUUUCCCUCGUCGUCAACCAGGGCAUGCUCGACCUCCUAUUCCACCAGCUCGCAAAGGCCAAGGAUGUAAGCCUGAAUAAUGGAGGGGAAAGGGUCCGGGAUGCAGCCAUUGACGUCUUUACGGAGAUCGUGGGAAAGAAGAUGAAACCCUCUGAUAAGGUGGACAUGAUCGUCUUUUUGAACCUUGAGAGCAUCGUCUCUCAGCUUUCUACCAGCCCGCCUCUGCACGAAUACCGAUUCACCUCAAAAUAUGACACCGAUCUAGCUGAGACCGUUGCCAAGCUUGUAAACAUCACAGCAUUGGACAUCGUCAAGGCACUUGAAUCCGAAGGUGUUGAUGCCGCCACUAAGGAAAAAGCCGAAGCCUUGCUACAGGCCUUCCUGCCCCAUGUGUUGCGUUACUUCUCCGACGAAUACGACGAGAUAUGCUCGACAAUUGUCCCUUGUGUAAAUGAUAUGCUUACUUACUUCCGAAAGGUUGCAAAGAAGAACCCUGAAAUGGCAUCUCAGCAGAACCACAUGUUGCUGCCAAUUCUCAAGGCCAUCAUUCAAAAAAUGAGAUACGACGAGACCUCGAGCUGGGGAAGCGAGGAUGAUCAGACAGAUGAAGCAGAAUUCCAGGAACUACGACGGAGACUCAACGUUCUGCAGCAGAUAAUUGCAUCAACCAACGAGCAGCUCUUUAUAGAAGCUAUCACUGAUGUUGUUCGUUCCACGUUCUCUAGUUUAAGACAGCCGGGAGCACAGCUGGACUGGCGCGAUCUUGAUCUAGCUCUGCACGAGAUGUUCCUUUUUGGAGACCUGGCAAUGAAAGCUGGAGGAUUGUAUAAUAAGCAUAAGCCCAAUAAUCCUGCCGCAGAGCGCCUCAUAGAAAUGAUGUUGGUCAUGGUCGAGUCCGAUGUCCGCUCGUUCAACCACCCGGCCACACAGCUGCAAUACAUGGAAAUAUGCGUGCGGUAUAGCGCAUUUUUCGAGCAUCAUUCCCACCUUCUUCUAGGUGUUUUAGAAGGAUUCCCCCGUCUUGCCCAUCAUCAGAUGCUCAAGGUUAGGACCAGGUCGUGGUAUCUAUUCCACCGCCUUGUAAAGCACCUUCGCGCUUUUGUGGGAAAUGUCGCGCAAACGGUUGUCGAAGCUCUUAGUGACCUCCUCACGAUUAACGCUGAGGUACCUGGUGAUAACUCAGAUGGUGACGACCUAUCUUCUGAGGAUAUCGGCGGAUCUCGAGACACAGUUUUUACUAGUCAGCUAUACCUUUUCGAGGCCAUUGGAACCAUCUGUUCCACUGCUUCAUCAGUUGAAAAGCAGGUGUACUUUGCACAGUCGAUUAUGAACCCCAUCUUUAUGGACAUGGAAAAGAACUUACCAGCUGCUCAAGCGAACGAUGAGCGUGCCAUUCUGCAAAUUCACCAUGAUAUCAUGGCUCUUGGUACCCUUGCCAAGGGCUAUUCUGACUGGGUGCCAGGGUCAACUUCUCCCCAAACACCACCUCCUCCAGAGGUAUCGGAAACAUUUGGACAAGUAUCGGAGGCAACUUUAGUUGCUCUUGAGUCUUUGAAAAAUUCGUUCACCAUUAGGACUGCGGCUAGAUUUGCAUUCUCCAGGUUAAUCGGUGUUAGAGGGUCGAGAAACCUACCACAAUUACCUAGAUGGAUCGAUGGCCUACUUACCCCUACCUCCUCAAAGGAUGAGAUGGCACUAUUCCUUCGGCUCUUGGAUCAAGUUAUCUUCGGCUUCAAGUCCGAAAUAUACUCCAUUCUCGAUACUCUGUGGACACCUUUCCUUCAGCGAGUGUUUUCCGGUAUUGCUGAGCCGAUAUCGGGUACGGACGAUGAGAUUCAGCUAGCUGAGUUGAAACGCGAGUACCUCAAUUUUUUGCUUAUGAUACUGAACAAUGACCUUGGCUCUGUUAUCAUCAGCAGCUCAAACCAAUCUAUCUUUGAGACCGUCAUAUCAACUAUUGAGCACUUCGCCAAGGAUGCGGAUGAUUUCCCAACAGCCAAAAUGGCGUUCCUUGUACUGGCUCGGAUGUCGAGCCUUUGGGGAGGCCCUGAUAUUGUGGCUCCAGCAAAUGGCACUAACACCUCCCAACAAGAGACCGCCUUACCUGGGUUCGCUCAGUUCAUGAUAACCCGCUUCUCUCCCCUCUGCUGGGCACUACCUAUGAAUUCAUCAUUUAAUUCCAAAGAUGCUCAGGCAAAGCAAGUUCUGGGCGAAGCAGCAGCGAUGCAAAAGGUAAUCUACUCAAAAACUGGACCUGAGUAUCUCCAAUGGCUCCGAACUUCCGAGUUACCAGGAAUGGGGAUGGGUGAAGACCUUAUCAACGAAUAUGUAUCAUCUUUAGAACAGCUAGAUGUAAAGGCUUUUCGACAGUUUUUCCAGCAAUGUCCUCCAUCUGUUCCAUUUAUCCCCUCAUCUAUCACAUCUGAUCGAACAAUUGUUGAUGAAAGCCAUCCCUACCAUCAAAAAUAA